AUCGCCUGGUGGCUGACACGUGGAUCAUUAAACGCAUUCGCAUGUGCUCUGAAAAGAAAGUAAAAGGUCUUCGAAAUAAAUUAAGAAACAUUAAUAAAUUUUCUAAACAAUAUUAGGAAUUUAUAAUUUUAAUCGUGACGCUCUAUCACUACAUUAUGCUAUCCGUAGGUAGAAAAGUAAAUCCGACUACCCAUAAGGGUAAAAAAACUAUAUUGAAAAAGUCUAAAUUCGUAAAAGAUUCCAAGAAAAUUUUAAGAGAAAGAAAAACUUCAACACGUGUCGUUAAAGUCAUCAAAGAUUUGAAUAAUUUCAAAGAAAUAUUUGCAAAUAUGAUGCAAACGAAAUAUUGCAUGAAAUUAUUUGAAAAUGUUGUACCUGUGAAGGAGUUUAUAUCCAAAUACAAUACAACAUUCAAAAUGACAUUGACCAAUGAGAAACGACUAUAUAAUCCUGUGAUGAGACAAACAUACAAAAACAAACUGCUAGACAUGAUAAAGUUUGGGGUAAAAAAUUACAAUAACAUGCAGUAUUUUAAGCAGUUCGCAAUGACCGCUGAAAUAAAACCACUAUUGAUAUUCCUUGGUGAACUCUUUAAAACUGACUGCGCAUAUAUCAGAAUCAAAGACCUGUUUAUUGAUAUGUUUCGACGAGAACAUGUUGAAGAAAUCACACUGCAAGGUUUAGAACAUAUUUUAUGUUUCACAGCUUGUGAUCAUAUGAUAGGUAUAAAUAGUUUCAGAAUGCUUCUAAAAAAAUCUGACUCCCACUCAAAGACACCUGACAUAGUAGAGAUAGUGGAAGUAGGACCACAAGUGAACUUAAUGCCCAAGUUUACACGGAAAGAACCAGAUUGCGAAAUACCUAAAGCAUCCAAGAUAAAGAAGAAAAAGAAUAUUUCCGAAGAUAAACUCGGCACUACGUAUGGAUCACACGUCAGAGCAGAAAAUCUAGAUAAAAUUCAAACUAGGAAGAUGAAGGGCUUGAAGAAAACAUUGUCAGAGAAGAAGAGUAAUCAGAAGAAAAAACUUGCCGAUUAUAGCAGUGCAAAGAAAUUUGACACGGCCAUACAUUCCUGCUGGCUCUGGAGGAAGUGCAUGUCUCCAUACACCAUUUCUUAUUUAACUCCUACAUUUGGUAGAAAUGCAUUAGUACGUCAGUGAGAAUUCCAAGCAUUUGCUUAAUGCACAUGCAUAGAAAUCUACGUAACUAUAUAGGCCUGUUCGUUUUGUCUGCACUGCUGAACUGGUGCGUUUAGUUAAAGUGAGACAAAUGUAGUUUUUCCCACUUCAACUUGUUGUACCAGUUCAGCAGUGCAGACAAAACGAACAGGUUUUAGGUUUGUUUUUUAUUGCUGAACUGGCUGCACUAACUUGCACUUAUUCUCUUCUCUUCCUUUCACUAACUCCUAGAUGUAUAUCUAUUUCUUUUUGUUCCCUGAGUGUACACUAGUUCAGCAAUAAAAAACAGACCUCUUACUGGCUAUCAUUGGCUGCGUUCAGACAACGGUUGCACAACGGAAAUCAACUACCCAUAAGGGUAAAAAAGCUAAUAUUGGAAAAAGAGCCUGAAUUGGUGAGAGAUAUCAAAGAAACUUUGGUCCUCAAAGGUAGCAAAGCUUCGAAACGUGUCGUCGGCAUCAUGAAAGAUUUGAUAAGCAUAUAUGCUUUUCAUCGAUGUAUUACUUUAAUAUAUGAUUUUCAAAGAAUUUAAAGCAUGAUUUAAAAGAAUCCUUUUACCAUAUAAUGCAAACGAAAUAUUACGUGAGAAUAUGUGAAACUGUUAUACCUUUGAAGAAACCUACAUCCGAAUAUAUGUUUCAUGAUGAUAAAGCCCAGCAUGAAGCGUCCUGUGAUGGGACAAAGAUACGAAAAUAUACUGCUAAAUGAUAGAGUUUGGGGUAGCAAGUUACAAUAAAGAGCUGAAUGAUAAGCUGGACAAAACAACUUCUAGAAUAAAACCAUUAUUGAUGUUCUUUAGUGGAUUCUUUGAAAUUGACUCUAAAUAUAUCUUGAAUAAGUUCUUACUGUUUCCCGAUAAAUGGUGUUAUCUUAGCCUUUUUGCAUCGGGCAGUACUGCAGCCAACUUCAUCGUGAAACUCCACCAUUAGGCUCGAAGUGACAGUAUA